AUGAUUGGAAGACUGACUCCUGUGAUUCUUCUUUGCACAGUGUCUCUGAUUCAACCGGCAGAUGUUCCUCGUCCCAUCAAUAUGACUGUGGUUGAAGUUGGUGGAAGUGUUACUAUGCAAUGUCCAGUUUCUAUUGCGGAAAUUAAAUUCUUUCACUGGUAUAAGCAGUCUCUUGGAUAUAUGGUCCAAACUGUUGCUACAGGAGUUUAUGGCAACAUAAACUGCCUUGGACUAUUUAAAAACCCACGUUUCAAAGUCGAUGGUCAGUAUUUUUUUAGCAUCAGAAAUGUUACCAAAGAGGAUGAAGCAAUAUACUUCUGUCAAGGUGGAACAGAGUUGUCACAAGAUUUUUUGGGUGGAUUCUUCUUGGCAGUAAAUGAUAACAAUCAGCAGACUGUUUACUUGAAACAAAGUCCGAAGACAGCAUCGGUCCAGUUGGGAGGCUCAGUGACUCUCCAGUGUUCACUUCUCUCUCAGAACAAAGGGAACACAGAUCAGUGUCCAGGUUCACACAGUGUGUACUGGUUCAGAGCUGGAUCAGGAGAAUCCCAUCCAGGCAUCAUUUACAGUCAUAAGAGCAGGAAUGGUGAACAACAGAAAAGGAGCUGUGCCUACAAUCUCUCCAAAACUAUAAGGAAUUCCUCUGAUACUGGGACUUACUACUGUGCUGUAGUCACAUGUGGAGAGAUGCUGUUUGGUGAAGGAACCAAAGUGGACACAAGUAUGUAUUUACAGUAG